AAAUGAGCUCUCUUAUCCACCUCCUCCCUCUGUUACGUAAUAACUUUGUUCUUGCAUUAGUUAAGUUAACCCACAGUCAGAUGCAUCAUUUUUUAGCAUUCAUUUGCAUAUAAAUGUUCUUGAAACAACAUAUUUAAAGAGUCCUGUUAGUGCAGGCAUUAGAAAUGUAAGCUUUUUUAAUGAACUGCAUCAUAAUAUGAAUGUUUCUUAUAUAUCAUAUUACAGAUUAUUCAUUAGGCUAUUCUCACAUACAUUUACAUUACUAUUGCCUGUUGUUAUGCUGCUGUUUGUUUCCUGGUCACAGACUUGAACCCAUCCUGUUAUUUAUUGAUGUGCUGCUGUGAAGGAAUGCGCUCAUCCUUUUGUUGACGCGUCUCUAAGGUUACUGGUCUGGGAGCAGUGAGCAGCACAGUGGCAACCUGCUGCUGCUGCUGUUGUUAGAGAGCAAAAUCUGACAGGAAAUCAGAGUUCAAGGAUUUAAGCAGAAAUAAAAGCGUUUUUCUCAAAGCGGGUCUCCCCGUGUGAGCAACAUGCAGGCCAACCUGCACUCGGUGAAGCGGUGGCAGCUCAGCGGGACAGACCAAGACCCGCAGCAGGUCCACAGACUGCGGUCCCAAACCCGCUUCAGCACCUGGACCCCGCUGAACAACAAGACGAGCAACCUGCAGUUGUUUGAGGAGAGGAUGAACCUUGUGCUCCACUGGUUUGACCUGUGGACUGACAGACAGAGGAAACACCUGUUGGACUCACUGCUCACACGCUGCACCAAGUCACAGCUCAAGUACUGUAGGGAUUUGCUGAUCGAGACUGUUCCUGUGACUCAAGUGGACUUCACAGUGGUGCUGCCACGGUUCCUGUCCCUGUAUGUGAUGUCAUUUCUGUCCCCUCGUGACCUCUGCUCUGCCGCCCAAGUCAGCUGGCACUGGAGGGUCCUUGCUGAGCAGGACUGUCUCUGGGCCAGCCGGUGCAUCAGAAGAGGCUGGUUCCUUCCCUACACUCCAGGAGACAAAGAAUACGGAGCGUGGAGGAACCAUUAUGUCUCCUGCGUCUCCACGCUGGACUGGCUUACACCCCGGGAGGCGGCCGAGCAGUAUGGGACCCUCAACCAACAAAGUACAGGGACGACGGAGGAGGAGGAGGAAGAGAAGAGGAAGGAGAGGAGGAUCAGGCAGAUGAUCAGAGACAAACUGCAGGAGGAGAAGAGACUAUCUAUGAGAACCAGGAGAGCUUGGGGCAGCUACACAAAGCCAGAAGGAGCCAGAGGUGGAAGUGUCCAGACAGGGAGGUCCAGCUCUGGACUAACAUUUAGCUCUUGGCCCUCUCUCUCCUGGCCUGCACGGACUGUUGGCUCUCCCAGCCUCCUCUGUCUUAGCCAGGACAGGGGACAGCCCAUGACUGCAGCUCAGAGCUGGGACAGAGUCCAGACCUCCAGCCCCAGCAGUGAAAGACUGAACAAAGCCAGCAGAGCGCUGUCCUCCUUUACUUACAGACCUGCACUGUCACACACAGCCUCACCCAUCCAUCUGCCCACUCCUGCCCUCUUACUGCUGAUUUCCAAUAGGAUUCCUGCCUAUGAGCUGCUGCUGAGUGGUGUGAAGGCAGGAGUGAUUGUGGUUCUGUAUGAUCACAGAGGGACUCUCUCAGCUCUGUUAACCCAGGCGGAGAGGGCGGUUUCUGGGCAGAGAGCUCAGAGGCUGGGCCUACUAGCUCCAGGAGGAACAGAGGAAAUCCAUCUGCUUCACAGUAGUAGCCUGUCAGAGAAGACUCUUCUGACCCCUGACCAAAGAGAAUUCUGGGAAAAACUGUGUGGUUGGGUGGCACCAGCUGAGGAGGGAGGUGGGAUUGACAUCUUCUCCCCGCUGGCAGCAUCCGCAUCAGGAGUGGCUCUCAUCCAGACUCUCACUACUCUUACUGGUCUGGAGGUUCGGGCGCCAAUGGGUCUUGCCACCGGAAGUUUCCAGAACAUCCUGAGUGAGUGGUCUGACGGCAGUGUGUGCACCGGCCUCUCGAAGCAGCAGCCGGCGGCCCCGGCACUACAGUUUGUUUGUGAGAGCGUCCUGCAGGGCUGGUGCAGACAGGCUCAGUGGAUGGAGGAGGCUCUGGGGGAGCUGAGAGUCUGCCUGGGGCCACAGCUACAGCGGGUUGGCCUCCAGGCCCGGGGCCGAGCUCUAGGUCUUUUUCUGUGGGAGAAAAUCUGCCUUGAGGAGCUUUGUGUGUCCAAAGAGCUAAAUGAGGCUCUGACGGAGGGACUCGUUGCUCUCACAAGACAGGAAGAGACAAGACCUUUGGAGUUUCUUGCUGUCUUCCUGACAAAAUGGAGUGAGGAGAAGGAGAGAGAAGAGAGUAGUGGUGAAGAAAAGUUGAAAAACAAAGGAGCAUCACAUGGCUCUCAGACAUGUGUCAGUCGGAUAUCUGAGCCACCGCAGACAGCGUUAGAUUGGAGAGGUGCCGUUGCCAGAGAGCUGCAUCACAGCGAGAGUAUUUAUCUGAGGAGACUGGGCGCUGUGCUGAAGGUGUACCAGGAGCCUCUUACAGCUGCACUGAACUCCAACAGAGCCAUUCUGAGCUACGCUGACAUCCACAUUAUCCUCACCCCUGUCACACAAAUACUGGAGCUCAACAGGGUGUUUCAGGUAGACCUACAGGCCAGGCUGCAGCAAUGGGGUGCACAGCAGUGUGUUGGAGAUGUGUUUGUAAAACUGUGCUCAAAACUGAGAGUGUACACCAACUACCUCAACAACUGCACCACUGCCCUCAGUGCCAUCGACAAGUGCAGGGAGACAAAACCUCCAUUUCGGGCUUUCCUGAAGAGAGCGGACCGAACUCUUGCAACACACAUGCUGAGCCUACAGGAGCUGCUACUGUGUCCAGUGUGGAGAAUACAGGAGUAUGUGACUCUGCUUCAAGCUCUGUCUCUACACACACACCCUGGUCACCCUGACCACACACACCUCUCCUCUGCCCUCAACACCCUCCUACAAUUCAGAGAAUUCAUACAGAAGUUAAAGCGUAACUCAGAGAGAGACAGGCUGAUGGAGGAAACGCAGGAGAUGAUCCAAGGCUGUCCGAACCUCAGUGAAGGAAACAGGCAGCUGAUAAUAACUCAGGAUGCUGCUUUGCUCAGGAGCCCUGAUGAACGGAUUCCAGACUCACUCAGGACCUAUGAGCAGGUGUCUGAUGUGGGCCUGUUCCUGUUCAACGAUGCUUUGGUGUUGACGCGGCGAAAUGUCUAUCACACACCUUUCACGCUGGCUCACCGGAGUGCACACACUUUCCUGGCCUCUGUGGCUCUCGCCAGCCUGGCUGUCAGAGAGAUCACACAUACACGCUAUGUGAGUCAUGCCUUUGUCCUGGAGGGCCCUUGUCGUUCCUGGGUUUGUGCCACAGAAAGAGGUGAAGAGAGAGAGCACUUCCUGUCCGUGCUGCGUUCAGCCAUAACCUCUGCUCUGACAGGACAUCAGUGACGAUACACC